UUGUUUUUAUCCAUUGGAAAGCUAAAAUAGACAGGAUUGCAUACUCGGUGCCACCAGUAACACUGAAGAUAUGGACGGUCAGGAUUUACCAUUAAGUAGGCCACUUGUCCAGGAGAACCAAAAAUAGACAGCUAGGAUUGCACAAUCGGUGCCACUAGUGACACUCAACGGUCUGGAUUUACCAUAAGUAGGCCACGUGUACAGGAGAGUCACGACAAACCUAGAGUGGUCCAUUGCGUGAUGAAUCAGAAAGGGCCACAGCUACAAUUCCAUUUGAAAAAGGAAUCUAGGAGUUAGUUGAGGAAUGAAGUCUCUUCGUGGGGGAACAGCUGCGAUCCCACGUUUCCUUGCAUUCGUGUAUGGGUUUAAGAAUCCAAUCAGAAUCCUCUUUCUAGAAAAGCUACAUGAGUGUGAUCCAAAAGCCGCGCGUGUAAAUACGAUAAGAAUCCUAUUCUGGCACACGUGUAUGAAAUCCAGACCAUCAUCAGGUGGGCACAAACAUUUAUGUGCCAUUCCAAUCAUUCACUGGGCCACAUGUGUACAAUGAGAAGGUCUCUAGUCCAACUGGUUGUACAACAAGUUACGGUCCACCCGGUAAUAACUUCCAACGCGUUAAGUGCAUACAAAAUCCAAUCCGUUCACUAGGUUAGUCCCACCAUGAGGAUCACAUAGUAGAAAAAUAAGCUCUAUCUACUCAUCAUAUGGGCCACACUAUAGAAAAGAAUAUUUAGCUAUUAAUAAAUAGCAAUAUAGAAGUGUGAUAUGCAUGACGUGUAAAUAUGGCUGAUUUUUUAAUAAGGUGAUCCUCAUGAUGGGGUCAACUUACUGGACGGAUCUGAUUUUGUAUCUACUCAAUAGAUUGGAAAUUAUCAGCUGGGUGGACCGUAACUUUCUUACCAAACGGUUUGAAUUGGAACCUACUCGUGAGACAAUGAACGGCUAAAACUUAAAAGAAUUAACCAAAGGUCCAAAAUCAAUGUACAUGUUUGGUGAAUCUGAUUACAAGGCAAGCCUUCUUGCUUUUGGCUAGGGGACUUACAAGGUUGGAUGAAAGACAUGGAACUCUUACACGUACGACAUGCUGACAUGUGUGUCAGAGAGAAUCCUACUCGUGUGAGUAGCCUCUCUCUCUCUCUCUCUCUCUCUCUCUCUCUCUCUCUAAUAUUAUAUAACAUCCACAGCUUUAUAUAACAACCAUAGCUGAAAAAGAACAAUAGUAGAACCCUCUCUUUAACAUCAUAUAACAUCCACAGCUUUAAAAAACAUACAUCAACCAUAGCUGAAAAAGAACAAUAGUAGAAACCACAAUGGAGAAUCAACUACAGCAGCAACAACAACGUCCACACCCUUCCAUUGCCAGGCUCUUCAACUCCCAUUUACAGCUUCUAAACCUUCUCUUUUAUUUCCUCAUCUUUGGCUUUGGUUUGACCCUUGGUAUCACAGCUAGUUUCUAUCUCAAAAACCUCUCCUUCAAUCUACUAACUGCCCAAUUCUCAUAUUUACCACCACCACCACCACCAUCACCAUCACCAUCACCAUCAUCCACAUCACAUAGGCCACAUGGGUUCCGCAAUGUUGGUCGCAUUGGACUCAAGGAGUAUGUGCAGCCACAUUCUCUCAUGCAUGAUAUGUCCGACCCGGAGUUGCUAUGGAGAGCGUCAAUGGUCCCGCGGCGGGACGGCAAAGCCCCGUACAGACGGGUUCCUAAGGUGGCCUUCAUGUUCUUGACUAGGGGUCCAUUGAGUUUGGCCCCACUGUGGGAGAAGUUCUUCAAAGGGAAUGACGGGCUGUACUCUAUCUACGUCCACUCACAUCCAUCGUUCAAUGGAACGGUGCCUGAAGAAUCCAUUUUCCAUGGAAGAAGAAUCCCAAGUAAGGUGGUGCAAUGGGGAAACCUUAACAUGCUUGAAGCUGAACGUCGUCUCUUAGCCAAUGCUCUACUAGACUUCUCCAACGAACGUUUCAUCCUCCUCUCUGAGUCAUGCAUUCCCCUCUUCAACUUCUCGACAGUCUACUCCUACCUCACUAACUCCACCAAGACCUUUGUCGAGGCCUACGAUGAUCCGGGCCCCACCGGCCGCGGUCGAUAUAGCAACCGCAUGAGGCCACGUGUCAAGCUUGAUCAAUGGCGGAAGGGCUCGCAGUGGUUUGAGAUGGACCGCAGCCUAGCGGUCGAGAUCGUCUCCGACCGCCGGUACUUUCCAGUCUUCGGGAGGUACUGUAAGCCCUCAUGCUAUGUGGAUGAGCACUACAUACCAACGUUUGUGAGUGUGAGGUUCUGGUGGAGGAACUCAAACAGAAGUUUGACUUGGGUUGACUGGUCAAAGGGUGGGCCCCACCCAGCUAGGUUUGGGAGGAGGGAGGUGACCAUUGAUCUUUUGGAGAGGUUGAGGGGUGGGGCCCAGUGCAAGUACAAUGGGAGGAGCACUAGGGUUUGCUUCUUGUUUGCAAGGAAGUUCUUGCCCAAUGCAUUGGACCGGUUGAUGAGGUUUGCACCAAAAGUUAUGGGCAUCCAUUGAAUAUGAGAGACUCCUCUGCCCGAGGACAUGUACAAUAUACUCGGGUUUUCAGUUUGUAAAAGUGGGGCCCAUGGUUUAGUGAUCGAGACCAUUGAUUGUAGCCAGCAAGUUGAAUGGAUAAGUUGUCCUAUUAGAUGGAUUGAUUUUGGUGAAUCCAUGCACUGGGGCCUAAUAAACCAGAUGUCUGGAUCAGGAGUAAAUAAUUCGGUACUCUGGCAUUGAUUGUUGAUGUUCGAUAGUUAUUGUAUUAAAUUUAGGUUAGGGCACAAUAGCCGUUGAUUACUUCAUAAAUCAGAAGAGUCCAUGUAAUGUUUAAG